AUGGAGGGAGGCGCCCGCUGCGCCCCCGCGGAGAGCGCGGCGGGGAGGGGGCGCGGGGGCGGCGUGCCAAUGGCUGCGCUGCCCCCUCCUCUGCCCCCACCCCGCCGCCGGCCCCUCCGCCUCCCCGCCACCCUCCUCCCGCCGCUCACUCCGCGCCGCCAGCGCCGAGGCUGCGGCUCGGGAGCGGCCCCGCUCCGCGCCCGGCAGCGCUGGGAGCCAGCAGGUCUCCGGGAGGCGCGGAGGGUGGGGGGGAUGCCGGAAUGCCCGGACCGCGGGGCCAAGGCGGCCCCCAUCCAUCAUAAAAUCUCCUUCUCCAUCUUAGACAUCCUGGAUCCCCAGAAAUUCAGCAGGAGACGCGAACCGGCCGCGGGGAGCUGGGGCAGCGCCCCCCGCUCGGGCGAGCGGGAGAAAAGUUUGGGAAGAGUUGAAGUAGGAAAGGACGCUGCUGCUCCCGGCAGCGGGAGGAAUAAACUAGAGGCACAUGAUCCGCACGGCCCGGCGGAGAGCGGCGCCGAGGACGCGGGGCAGGACCGCGACGAGGAGGACCCGAGCGGGGACGGGACGGGGAGCGGGCCCUCUCCCGGGCCGGAGGAGCCGGGCUCGCCGCGGGGCGCCCGUCGGCGGCGGGCGGAGCCGGGCUGCGGGAAACCGCGGCGGGCGCGCACCGCCUUCACCUACGAGCAGCUGGUGGCCCUGGAGAACAAGUUCCGAGCCACGCGGUACCUGUCGGUCUGCGAGCGCCUCAGCCUGGCGCUGUCCCUCAGCCUCACCGAGACGCAGGUGAAGAUCUGGUUCCAGAACCGCCGCACCAAGUGGAAGAAGCAGCACCCGGGCGCCGACGGCGCGGCCCCCGCAGCAUCCCCCGCGGCGGCGGCGGGCGGCGGCAGCCCCAGCCCGCCGGGCCCCGCCGCUCUGCCCUUCCAGACUUUCCCUUCCUACGCCGCCGCCAACGUCCUGGUGCCGCCGGCCGCCCCCUUCCCGCUGGGAGCUGGCCCUUUCGCCCCUUUCCUCGGCCCCGCGUACCUCGGCCCCUUCUACGCCCCGCACCUCUGA